AUGGGUUUUAGUUUACGCAGUUCUACUACUCCACUUUCGAUUCAAACAGAGCUAAUCUCCGCGGUUUAUACGUGCGUAACUCCACCACCAACCUAUCCACCUCACAAUUCACAGCGCGAUGGAAGCAUGCUAACUUGGGAGUCUAACCAGAUCUUGGGCGUGAACUCUAUCCUUGAAAAGCUGGAAUCGCUCCCUUUCCAGAAAGUUGCUCACAAGACAGACACCAUUGACGCUCAGCCUUCAUCCGGAUCCGUCGCUUCUUUGUUGGUAUUGGUUACUGGUCAGCUUAUGGUUGACGACAGCCCAAACCCUAUUCCUUUCUCACAAGUAUUCCAACUUAUGCCGGAAGAUGGUUCUUAUUAUGUGCAAAAUGACGUUUUCCGUCUCGUCUACGGAUAG